AUGACAACGUAUAGAAAUCCAAAUCCUAAAUUUGAGCACUUGCUUCCGUUAUCCACGAAAUGGAAACAACAGAUUGCUGAGUGGUUACAAGAAGACAUUCCUUCUUUUGACUACGGUGGAUAUGUGGUCGGAAAUAACGUUCAGACCGCAACCCUCUUCUGUAAAGGAGACGGAAUUCUUUGCGGAGUUCCUUUUGCGAAUGAGGUAUAUCAUCAAUGCGGACUUAGUUAUGAGUGGCAUGUAGAUGAAGGAACAUUCUUGAGACCCUCAGAAACUGAUAGUGGGAAGAUAAAAGCGUGUACAGUUAGAGGGCAAGUUAAAAAUAUCUUGAUUGCAGAGCGGCUGUCUCUCAAUAUCAUUUGCAGGUUAAGUGGCAUCGCUACUCAGUCACACAUCACUAUCAAAAAAGCAAGAGAAGCUGGUUAUACAGGAAUCAUUGCGGGGACCAGGAAAACUACACCAGGACUUAGACUGCUUGAGAAAUAUGCCAUGCUUGUAGGAGGUGUGGACACUCACAGGUAUGAUUUAUCAUCUAUGGUGAUGCUCAAGGACAAUCAUAUUUGGGCAACAGGGUCGAUCAGACAGGCUAUUAAAAAUGCAAAGACCGUGGCUGGCUUUAGUACUAAAAUAGAAGUCGAAGUUCAGAACGAAAUGGAAGCAGAAGAAGCCAUUGAUGCAGGAGCUGACAUAAUCAUGCUGGAUAAUUUCAAUGGACCUGAGCUUCAAGCUGUCUCUCAAUCUCUGAAGAAAAAGUGGUCAGGUAAACGCCAGUUCUUGCUUGAGUGUAGCGGAGGGUUGACUUUAGAAAACAUAUCUCAAUUCUUGAGCAAUGACAUCGAUAUUUACUCUACAUCUUCCGUGCAUCAAGGAUGUGCGAUCGUUGAUUAUAGUUUGAAGCUUGAUCAAACUAACUAA